ACAGGGGAGAAACCUUUUAAAUGCUCAGUGUGCGGAAAGAGAUUCAAUCGAAGUGGCACUCUUCAACUGCACCGAAGAACCCACACAGGAGAGAAACCUUUUGAAUGUUCAGUGUGUGGAAAGAGAUUCAGUCAGAGUGGCACUCUUCAAGGGCAUCUGACAACCCACACAGGCGAGAAACCUUUUGAAUGCUCAGUGUGUGGAAAGAAAUUCAGUCGAAGUGGCACUCUUCAACUGCACAGAAGAACGCACACAGGGGAGAAACCUUUCAUAUGUUCAGUGUGUGGAAAGAGAUUCAGUGACCGGGGUAAUCUUCAACUGCACCGAAGAACUCACACAGGGGAGAAACCUUUUGAAUGUUCUGUAUGUGGAAAGAGAUUCAGUUACAGGGGGAAUGUUCAGCGGCAUCAGAGAACCCACACAGGGGAGAAACCUUUUGAAUGUUCAGUGUGUGAAAAGAGAUUCAGUGAUAGGGGAAAUCUUCAGCGGCAUCAGAGAACACACACAGGGGAGAAACUUUUUGAAUGUUCAGUGUGUGGAAAGAUAUUCAGUGACAGGGGGAAUCUUCAACAACAUCGAAGAACCCACAGAGAGGAGAAAACUUUUGAAUGUUCAGUGUGUGGAAAGAAAUUCAGUGAUAGGGGGAAUCUUCAGCGGCAUCAGAGAACCCAUACCGGGGAGAAACCUUUUGAAUGUUCAGAGUGUGGAAAGAGAUUCAAUCAGAAUGGCAAUCUUCAACAGCACCGCAGAACCCACACAGGGGAGAAACCUUUUGAAUGCUCAGAAUGUGGAAAGAGAUUCAGUCAGAAUGGCACUCUUCAACAGCACCGAAGAAUCCAUGCAGGGGAAAAGGUUUUUGAAUGCUCAGAAUGUGGAAAGAGAUUCAUUUGGAGUCGUGAUCUUCAGCAGCACCAAAGAACCCACACGGGGGAGAAACCUUUUGAAUGCUCAGAGUGUGGAAAGAGAUUCAGUCAGAGUGGCAAUCUUCAACUGCACCAAAGAACCCACACAGGGGAAAAACCUUUUGAAUGUUCAGAGUGUGGAAAGAAAUUCAGUCUGAGUUGUACUCUUCAACUGCACAAAAGAACCCACACAGGGGAAAAACCUUUUGAAUGUUCAGUGUGUGGAAAGAGAUUUCGCGAGAGAGGGACUGUUCAAAAACAUCAGAUUACCCACACAGGGGAGAAACCUUUUGAAUGCUCAGAGUGUGGAAAGAAAUUCACUUGGAGUCGCUCUCUUCAACUGCACCAAGGAACCCACAUAGGAGAGAAACCUUUUGAAUGCUCAGAGUGUGGAAAGAGAUUUCGCGAGAGAGGGACUGUUCAAAAACAUCAGAUUACCCACACAGGGGAGAACCCUUUUGAGUGCUCAGAGUGUGGAAAGAGAUUUCGCGAGAGAGGGACUGUUCAAAAACAUCAGAUUACCCACACAGGGGAGAAACCUUUUGAAUGUUUAGUGUGUGGAAAGAGAUUUAUUGAGAGGGGCAAUCUUCAAAAGCAUCAGAGAAGCCACACAGGGGAGAAACCUUUUGAAUGCUCAGAGUGUGGAAAGAAAUUCACUUGGAGUUCCGCUCUUCAAAUGCACCAAAAAAUCCACACAGGGGAGAAACCUUUUGAAUGCUCAGAGUGUGGAAAGAAAUUCACUUGGAGUUCCGCUCUUCAAAUGCACCAAAAAAUCCACACAGGGGAGAGACCUUUUGAGUGCUCAGAGUGUGGAAAGAAAUUCACUUGGAGUUCCGCUCUUCAAAUGCACCAAAAAAUCCACACAGGGGAGAAACCUUUUGAAUGCUCAGAGUGUGGAAAGAAAUUUAGUCAGAGUGGCCAUCUUCAACUGCACCGCAGAACCCACACUGGGGAGAAACCUUUUGAAUGUUCAGAGUGUGGAAAGAGAUUCACACAGUAUUGCUAUUUGCAACAGCAUCAGAGAACCCACACAGGUGAGAAACCUUUUGAAUGCUCAGUGUGUGGAAAGAAAUUCACUUGGAGUUGUGCUCUUCAAAUGCACCAAAAAAUCCACAGAGGGGAGAAACCUUAUGAAUGCUCAGAGUGUGGAAAGAAAUUCAGUCAGAGUGGCAAUCUUCAACUGCACCGCAGAACCCACACUGGGGAGAAACCUUUUGAAUGCACAGAGUGUGGAAAGAAAUUUAGUCAGAGUAGCCAUCUGCAACAGCAUCAGAGAACCCACAGAGAUAAUCUCUUUCAGCCGGAUCCCGGGAAGGGAGACGCCUCUCUUCAUAGCCAAGUGCAUAAAGGCAUCUUCUCACAGUCUGAGGUGACCCAAGAGAAGGGAAAGGAGAUGGAAGACAAGGACCCAGGAGGACCCGGGAUUGGCAAGACAGCAAGCAAAGGUUCCCAUCCCCUCCAUGCUGGGACUGGUAUGGAGUUCUGGGAAGGAGCGGUGCCAGAGAUCCUGGCUCAGGACAACAUAACCUCAGAUGUAGAUUGCCAGCGCUUCCGGCUGUUCCGCUACCAUGAGAUGUCGGGACCAUCCGUGAAGACAGAAGCUACAAUCCCUCAGGCGGAAGGUGCUCUUUCCAAGAAAGGACAGAGGGUGCAGGCCAUGAAGGGUAUCCAAGAUGCCCUCUUCUGCGAAUGUGGAAAGAGAUUUGGUCAUAGUAACGGUCUUAAACAGCAUCAGAGCACUCAUACAGGGGAGAAACGUUUUGAAUGCUCAGAAUGUGGAAAGAGAUUCGGUCAUAGUUACGUUCUUAAACAGCAUCAGAGCACUCAUACAGGGGAGAAACCUUUUGAAUGCUCUGAGUGUGGAAAGAAAUUCAGUCGAAGUGGCAUUCUUCAGGUGCACCAAAGUACCCACACAGGGGAGAAACCUUUUAAAUGCUCAGAGUGUGGAAAGAGAUUCAGGGCGCGUGGCCAUCUUCAAGAGCAUGAAAGAACCCACACAGGGGAGAAACCUUUUAAAUGCUUAGAAUGUGGAAAGACAUUCCGUUAUAGUAGCCAUCUGCAACAGCAUCAGAGAACUCACACAGGGGAGAAACCUUUUGAAUGCUCAGAGUGUGGAAAGAGAUUCAGUCAUAGUGGUGCACUUCAGGUGCACCGAAGAACCCACACAGGGGAGAAACCUUUUGAAUGCUCAGUAUGUGGAAAGAGAUUCAGUCAGAGUAGCACUCUUCAAAGGCAUCUGAUAACCCACACAGGGGAGAAACGUUUUGAAUGUUCAGAGUGUGGAAAGAGAUUCAGUAAGAAGGGGACUUUUCAAAAGCAUCAGAGAACUCACGCAGGGGAGAAUCCUUUGAAGCCUCAGAGUGCAGAAAGAGAUUUAGGUUGA